AGGUCUGAGGGGGGGGAUGAAGGACCCACUGAACGUCUUCAGUAGCCUUCACGCAGCACACGUUCACUGCUGUCAGCCCGACACGGGGAAAAUGUGUCCAUUUGAAUUGUGCUGAGUGGGAUGUCUUUGUGAGACACUUUGUGGGAGUUGAAUGGGACGUAGACAACGAUGGGCUCCGAGAGACGGAGUCAUUUCCUCUGUGUUUCCUGAGUAUUUCUGACAAGACUGAGAUGGGGACGAGUUUGGGACCCACACAGACAGCCAUGCCGGUGCUGGAGGUGACCUGCAGCCUCGUCGGCUGGUCCUGUCUCUACCUGUUGCUCUGCCGCACCUUCCCUCAGCGGGGGUCCGAGUGGAGCUGCCGGCUGGUCACUUUGUCCCACGGCAUCGUCAUAGUGAUGCUGACGGCGUACGUCCUCUUUAUCGACGGCCCCUGGCCUUUCACACACGCAGGUACCGAAAACACGGAGCUGCAGACCUUCUCCCUGGCCGUCUGCCUGGGCUACUUCUUCUUCGACCUGGGCUGGUGCGCGCGUCACCACACCGAGGGUCCCGUCAUGCUGGCGCACCACGCCGGCUCCAUCGCGGGCAUCCUGCUGGCUCUGCUCAUGGGGGUGUCCGCCUGCGAGACCUGCGGCGUCAUCUUCGGCAGCGAGAUCACCAACCCGCUGCUGCAGACCCGCUGGUUCCUGCGGCGCCUGGGCCGCUACGACGGCGCGCUGGGCGACGCGGUGGACCUGCUCUUCAUCUCGCUCUUCGCCGCCGUGCGCGUCGGCGUCGGCGGGUUCCUGUUCUACUGCGAGCUGACGUCGCCCAGGACCACGCUGGUCAUGAAGCUGGGCGGCGUGGCCAUGUACGCGCUGGCCUGGGUGUUCAUGGUGGACAUAGCCCGGUUCGGCUACAGGAAGAGCCGGGCGAAGUACGACAGGUGGCGAGGGGAACACCGGCCGAGGGGAGGGGAACACCGGCCGAGGGGAGGGGGCCGCCCGCCGGGGGCCACCGACGCGCAGAAGAGCGAGUGAAGUCACUUCGUCAGCACGCACCAUAAUGCUGCAGGGACCUUCUACCAAACCCAUAAUGCGCCAUUAAAGCUGCUUUUUCCCAACGUCCUUUGUGCUAAGAAACUAUGUACUUUCUUUAUGCACAUGCAUACCUAUAGAACUAAAACCAUUAAAUGCAUAUGUUUAGGUACGGGUGGGCACGUGUUUUUCAGAAGGCGCCUUCGAUCAACAUUCAAAACCCUACUCAGGUUUUAUGAUGAAUAAGAUCCCGUUUGAUGUGCUUUAAAUGUGCUCGCGGAGACACGAAUGUUCUCAACAAACCUCUUAAUAACAGCAAAGUAAUGAAAAUAUAACAUUCUGAACAGAUCCAGCCCUUCUUCAGUUUGUGACCUACAUGUGCUGUGUGAAAAACAACGACACACAAUAUAUUUAGAUAUUCAUUAUUUUACGUUAUAUACCUUUACAUGGAAAACAAUCUAUUACACAGCAUGUUUUGUCUAUAAAUUCUUUUUAGGAUUUUUUAAUCUUCUUAGUCAUGUUUGGGUGAGAAUUUAAUCCCUCUCUGAAGGGAAUCACAGAGGUUGGAUGACUGCACCUCCGGCCCUCAGCGGGACGACGGGCCGCUGUCACAGGCUCAAGAUGAAGUUUGGACGGGUGCAGAAAAGACAUUUGCCAUUUACACGGGACACCCACGGGUCUGCGGGGUGAAAGUCCUGUGUGUGUUGCACCCUUCUACCCCUCAGCAGGCCCGGGGACCUUCUGGUUGGUUAUAUUGCUCAACAACGGUCCCUCGACUGCUUUGACCGAACGCAAAGACGUCGUCUUUCAACGUUUCUGUGGUUUCAAUUGUUAUUUCGUGGCGAUAAGUAUGUGGAAUCUAUUUAUUUUUAUUGGAAGGUACAUGCUUGAACUUUAUUCCGUACAUGCUCCGUAAGUAAAAGUCUCUGCAAGGAGAACCUUUCCGUUGUCGGUCAAAAAAAAAGUAUUAUUACCGGCUAGCAAAUGAGCCAUGAAAGUCAUUUUUAUGUGUCUGUUUGUGUUUGAACUAAACAAAUAAUUCAUUAUUGAACUUUAGAGGUGGUGGUGGUGGUGGGU